AUGUGGAGUGAAGAAAAUUUUACUCGAAUCGUACUGAGUAUAGGUCAGCUCAUUGGACCCAUGGAGAUCCCGUUGAAUUUGCAGGAUGUUUCGCAUGGCAAGAUUUGCAUCCUAACAGACAAGAAGACAAAAAUUAACGAGGAGGUGUUGGUGGAAUCAAAUGGGAACAUUCAAAAGGUGGGGCUUGUUGAAUACGAUUUCGAUUGGUCACCAUUCCCUGCAGGACCUUGGAUCAGUUUGGCCUUUAUCGAUGAUGAAGAUGAUAACCUGGUGAUAGGUGAUACUUUGGAUGAUGAUAACGCGAGCAAAGGACCAGAAGAAGUCGAGUUAGAAGAAGGGUAG